GUGAGUUUGAAUUGUGCGUAUAAUGUUUUGCUUUUUAACAAAUGAUAGGUAAGCAAGGAAUGUAAUUUUUACUGUUUUAAAGCUAAAGAGUUCGUGAAAUAAAAGAAAAAAUGGCUGAACGCCCGAAGCACGAAGAAUUACAAACUGUUAUUACAGACCCAAAAUCAAAAGUUGUGUAUCACCGUGGUAACUUCUUGGGCAAAGGUGGGUUUGCCAAAUGUUACGAAUUUAAGAAUGGGAGCACCGGUCAAGUUUUCGCAGGUAAAGUUGUUGCGAAAUCAAUAUUGACGAAACCGAAUCAUAAAGAAAAAAUGUUUCAAGAAAUUCAAAUUCAGAGUAAAUUGUCACAUAAGUACAUUGUAACUCUUCACAGCUAUUUUGAAGACAAAAACUUCGUCUACAUUAUUUUAGAACUUUGCCGUAAGCGCUCGUUGAUGGAAAUGCACAAGAGGCGAAGAACUCUUACUGUUCCUGAGGUUCGUUAUUUUAUGCAGCAGAUCGUGUUGGCGUGUAAAUAUAUGCACGAUAACAAAGUGAUUCAUCGAGACUUGAAACUCGGUAAUCUGUUUCUCAAUGAUGAAAUGGAAAUUAAAGUGGGAGAUUUUGGUCUAGCUACUCAACUAUCUUUCGAUGGGGAAAGGAAAAAGACAUUGUGCGGAACACCAAAUUAUAUAGCUCCCGAAAUUUUAACCAAAAAAGGACACAGUUUUGAAGUUGAUAUUUGGUCACUUGGUUGUAUUAUGUACACUUUGCUAGUAGGAUCCCCACCUUUUGAAACCAGCACGUUAAAAAACACUUACACUAAAAUUAAGAAAUGUGAAUAUUACAUUCCUUCAAAACUAGAUCAAUGCGCAAAACGCUUGAUCCAAAAAUUAUUACAUCCCGAUCCGGAAUGCCGACCCAAUGCAGAUGAAAUACUGGCAGAUGAGUUUUUGUGUGAUGGUUAUAUUCCUUCACGCUUACCCACAUCCUGUCUCACCAUGCAGCCUCGUUUAUCUCAUAAUAUGACUUUAUUUGAAGAAUCUAGGAUUGUGGGAAGGAAGCCACUGACCGAAUGUAAAAAUAUUCCAGCGGUUGAAUCAAAGAAAGAUAUUGUUGCUGCUGUGGCAGAGCUCAACAUUGAUGAAAAAGAAGAUAAAAACGUGAUGCCAAAAGAUUUUUAUCUGGGAGACUUAUUCAAAAUGCUCCGUUCUUUGCUUAUAUGUCAUCCUGAAGGCAUAUUUACCGGGCAGCCGGAAGACGCCCAAGAUCCGUCAGCCAUUCCGUUUAUCUGGAUAAGUAAGUGGGUGGACUACACCGACAAAUAUGGUAUCGGAUAUCAGUUUUGCGACAACAGCAUUGGCGUGCUUUUCAACGAUGCAACACAUUUAAUUUUACAUGCCGACGGUAAAAACAUCCAGUACAUAGAAAGAAACGACUCGGAGAUAUUUUACCAGAUGGACAAUUACCCGAACGAAAUGAAGAAGAAGAUUACUCUGUUGAACUAUUUCAACACCUACAUGAAUGAGAAUCUGCUGAAAGCUGGUGAGGGCGCCAAACCCCGAGAGGGAGACGAAAUGUCGAACGUUCCGCAUCUGAGAGCUUGGUUCCGCUCGAAAGCUGCGAUCGUUUUCCACCUGACUAACGGCACGUUCCAAGCGAACUUUUUUAAAGACCACACCAAAAUUAUUUUGUGUCCUGUGAUGGGUGCUGUCUCUUUUAUCGAUGAGAACAAGAAUUUUACUGUUUAUACUUUUAAGCUCAUUGAGAAAUAUGGUUGUUCACCAUUGUUGGCUUCUAGAAUACGCUAUGCAAAGGGCAUGGUAGAGAAAUUGUAUACGGACUUUAAAAAUUCAAGAGUUGAAAAAAUAAUUUGUUAAUAUUGUUAUUCAUAUAUUAACUAGAUGAUUUUCUUUUUACUCUAAACAAGAUUCUAUUACGGUAUAAUUAUGCUUGAUAAUGAAUCUUAA